CUUUGACAUCUUGGCUCGUCUCCACCACCGCCAAUUCCAUCGCCAUGAUCGCCCCAGGCGACAAGAAAUCGCCUGCUACCAACCUGAACCAGGAUCAGCCCAUUCCGUCGUACGCCGAAGCACUAGCCGGCUCGACCUCGUCUCACACCAACCCAGCCAACCUCGAGGCUCAACCUCCCGUACCUCAACCUGCGGCUGCACAGCCCGCCGCCCCUCCAGCUACUCCCAACGCGGCGCCAGUCAUUGUCCUCGUCUCUGAAGAUAGGACGGCUACCCAACGUGCAAGACGCCGCUUCUUGGCCGCUCUCUUCUACGCUGGGCUCUAUUGGAUUCUCAUCACCAUGCUGACCGCAGGCGUCACUGAGGCGGCCAUGUACGACCCGGAGGGAGAUUGGAUUGUGGGGAAGUGGAUGGCGAAGCUCUUUACGCGGCCCUCGUAGCACAAGCAUCGAGGAAUGGUCUGGACCCCGCACACGCCGCCUUCCUGAGCGACACAUACACUCUUGCCCGCUCUGCCCCUUCUCACCGCUCACGCCUCACGCCUCACGCCCGCGCCACUUUGUUGUCACAUUAUCGCUACGAUUGAAAUGCUCAGCUCUAUAUGAAUUUACGCCUUCGCGCGCUCUCAUACCCACUUCCAAG